UACCGAAAAAGAGCGUGAGCGUGCGUGACAGCGUGAUUUUUGUGAACAGUAGAAUCGGAAGAAGCUCCUACCCAGCCCCUGAGUGUGUCGCCGAAAUAGGCCGUGAAUCGAUGGUGGCGCGAGUGUUCGAUCGACCGCACGGGCACAGUGUCGUCUCCAGGCCAUGGUGUGGUGGAACGCAGUGAACAAUGCGCGAACCGAUAGCAACCGCACCAGCGCUGACAGCCGGAAACGUGGCGUCGGUGAUCGUGGCACCGUCGACCGCGGCCACCAUGUUUGGCAUCACGAACGCCCAGAUCGUGCAGUCGUUUAACGGGCUGCCCCCGCUGCAGGCCGACUGUGCGCCGGCGGCGGCGAUUGUGCGUGCCGCUAGCCGGGCCUCCUCGAUCGGCGGGGCCGGUCGGCCGUCGCUCAAAUCGAGCGCGGCCGGCAGCAGCGGUACCAGCAGCCCCGUUACGAGCGUCAAGCGGAACAGCUCCAGCUCGAGCUUCAGCAGUGGCGGCGAUCGGCGAAGCGUCUUCUAUACCGAUCCCGAGCAGAGCAGUACGACGGAAGCGGCAGAAAAGUAUGACACGAUGACGAAUGACGAUAGCUGCUCGACGUCCGACGCCUGUACUGGCGCAACCGACACCACCGAUGCCGGUGCAGCAAAGCGGACGAAGCAACCCCAGCAGGACGAUGUGGCCCAUCUGCGACGGGCUGACAAUGGGCAGGUUCGGCGCAAGCAGCGUCCCUCCAGCACCGGCCUUGACGGGGUAAUCGGCCCCCGGACCCACCUGAAGCUAGUCAGCCAGGAGCUGGAAUGGGAGCGGAAGUUCCGGGACGAUCAGCUGUCCCGCAUACUGAAGGCGCUGAUAGCGUUCGAGACGCGGCUAAAGAACGAGCAGAGCCGCAUCAAGCAGCAGCUGUACGAGAAGGAUGACGUUAUCAACCGCCAGAACUGUGCGAUCAAGCGGAUGAAGCGCAAGCUGGCCGCGGAAGACGAGUCGACGACGGUGGAGGAGGAGGGUGGUGAGGAUGCGUCGGUAGCGAAGAAGAAUGUCGCGCUACCGGCGACCAUUGACGAGGUGGCCCAGUACUGCCCAAAGUGUCGCAAAAACUACUACCGGCUCGAGUGCCGUACGAGCGGGACGCAAACGUUCGAGUACUGUCGGGACGCGGACGGUGCGGAGAGUGUCAAUACAGAAAACUUGUCCCUCAACAGUGUGGAGUACGCUUCGUCGAGCGAGGAACAGGAAUCGUCCCUUUACGUGCGUGCGAACUCGUUCAAGGACGCACGGCGCAGCCGGAAGUACACGAGCAAGCGCUCCUACCAGGGCUAUCAGCGGGGAACCGCCUCCCGGGCGAGCAGCUUCAAGAGCAAUGCGUCCGGCCCGGCCACCGGUACGCUGGCGAAGCUGGUCGAGCGGAACGCCCGCAGCCGGCUAAGUUGCCCGCGCGAGGAGGAGCCGGGCUGCGAGGCGUACGUUAACAUCGAACCAAAUGCGAAUGUGCCUAAAAUAGUAAUCUACGAAAACUACGAAAGCGACAAGGAAAACAAGCGAAUGGGAGAUCAGAACCGGCAGGAGUGCGACAACAACUACGACAACGUCGAGCCGUACUCGAACCGCAUCGACACGCUGCACGGCAUCCACGGCCGAACCGGUGGCCGGUACAAUGGGAAGGUCCUGCAGGAGGAGCAACGGAGCGAGGAGAAUCGGGCGGGUGAAUACCGACUCGUCGGAUCGUCCCAGCGGGGCGAUGGCAGCGAGCAGAUGGAGCUGGACGAUGGGACCAUCUUCUACGAGGCGAAUGCCAGCGCCGGAAGCGUGAGCAAUCAGCAAAAGUACACCGAAGGCAUGGAGAUGAAGCAAACGAUCGAAACGAACGACGACUGGUACGCGAGCGCCAGCGACAUGGAGGACUCGGACACGGCCCUCGGCAAACCGUACAGCAAUGCCGCCGUCAAUCCGGUGCUGGAGUGUGUCAAUCAGAUACUUCUUCAACAAUCGAUGGAUGGUUUUGGAGACAGCAACAAGGACACGAAUGGGGAGGCGCCGGGCGAAGAGGAACACUACAUAAAGGCACAGCAAACAACGCCACCGCCGGCGAAAGAGCACACGGCCGUCCGCUCGAAGCGCGUCCACUUUUCCACGCAAAACAGCAUGGUGCAGGUGCCGCGGAUAUCGCUCCAGCAAACGGCCGGCAGCAGCAGCAACUCCAGCCACGGGUCGGCCAACCAUCGGACGAAGGACGACAAAGUGUCGCCGACGUACGAAAUCCAGAGCAUCUACAGCAACGAGUACGAGCCGAUCGGGUCGGAGCAGAACUCGUACUCGAACUACUACGUCGACAUGGAGUCGAAGCUCGGCUCGGAGGACCGCGAGCGGGAGCAGGCACUGGCGGAGAAGCGCAAAACACCGCCCGCUCUCCCUCCGAAACCGGCCAACCUGCUGAAGCUGCAGCAGCUGUCGAAGGGCAAUCAGCAGCAGCAGCAGCAGCAACGACAGCUUGUGUCAACACCGGUGAAAGGUCGCACCGGUUCGUCCGCCCAGAGUGACAUUGCCGAGUCGGAGCCGGACUACUGUUCGAUCAGCGAAAUCCAGGACUCGGUCAAGUGCGUACAGAUAGUGGCGGAAAUUCACAAGGACGCAUGCGAAGACGAUUACUCGCUGGUGGAUGGGGAGGCGCGGGACGGGGAAAAGAAAGAGCAGACGGAAGCAAUUGCCAGUCAGCAGCGAGGUGAGCUUUCGGUUGAGGAGCAAAAGAGCUGCACCGAGCUGGAGGAAUCGUUCGCCGACGUGCCGAAGCUGCCGAACGUGGCGGAAAUAGUGCCACCGAAGAAGGAACCGCUGAACAAGUUCAUUAGCCAGGACAACUACAUCACCAAAUCGUCCGGCAGUGGGUCGUCGGCGUCUUCGUCACCCGCCAAGACGGGUGGGGUAGCCACCACUCCCAGCAAAAAGGACGGCGAGUUCCGGGAACAGCUGUCGGAGAUAAUUGCGGAAAUCAACAAACAGUCGCCCGCCAUCCGGAAUGCGUCGAAGAAGCAAAUCCCGGUCAAGGAGCUUGGGUCACCGUUCCGGGGCGUCAGCCAGAUACCGAGCGUUACGUUCCAGUCCAAGCUGAAGCCGGUUGAUAAGCUGAGCUUUUUGGCCAAGAGCUCAACCGGUGGCUUGUCUGGAUCGAUUCCGAGCCUCAGCCACCAUACACCGAAGCUGGCGGCGAGCUCAAUUGCACGACCCUCCCUGAAACUAAAGUCAUCCCUCUCGACGAAGGCUCUCUCGAGCACGAAUCUCGCCCUUGGGGGUGGUUUGAAUCAGUUCGGAAGUCCGGUGAAAACGGUUUCUUACAUCCCGAACUUGAAGUCGGUGAGUGUGGCUAGUCCACUGGCGACUGCCGGUGGCACUAAUGCCGGUGUGGGAUGCUCACCUGCAAAAGCAACCACUUCACCGGUUAAAAAAGUGACAAGUACGCUCAAUCUUACUGUCGGAACGGGCACUGCUGCCUCAACUGCCACCUCAGCUCCCGUAAUUAUUGCCGAGGACAGCAAGCUACCGAUACAGGCCGAGUUUGAUUGGUACAAUCUGGACGCGGAGUACGGUAAAUCCAACCAGCCGGACGUGAUUGUGGAAGCCGAUCCCAGCACGCACGGUGACGAGGCGGAGGGGACCGGCGAUGAGGAGCAGAUGAAGGAAGAGGAGGACGGUGCUGAAAGUCCUUCCAAGAAGAAGCCAUCCCAACCGGAAGCAGUAAACGGUGGUUCGACGGAUGAUUGUGAACGUAAUGCGCCCUCUACUACUAACACCGAAAACGGAACUGGCAGUGUGUGUGGUGAGGAGAAGGAGGAAGAAGAGGAGCUGGAAAACGUUGAGUACAAUCUGGACGAAGAGUACAAAAGCUUGGGACCGCUGGUGCCGCCGCCCGACAUUAUCAUACAGAAAAGCGUUCACCCACCGAUAACGCCGCCCAAGAAUGGGAAAAUCCCCUACAACAGUUUGUCGUUUAAGGAGCUAAUGCAGCUUAACGAAACGCCCAAGAUGCACGGACAGGAAGCGAAGGCGGCGAAGGUAGCAAAGGCAGGUGGCGGCGGUGGUGGCGCGCUCGCCGGGCCGGAGAAUGGACCGAGCGGCAGAAACUAUGAACACUUCCUGGACGAUUCGGGGCUCUGCUCGAAGCCGAUCAUACUGCCGCGCAAGAAGCGCGUCUACUACUCCGGACCGUUCGUGUGACCGGGCUGUGGUUGGAGUGUUGUUUAUUUGUUGUUCGAUUUGUAGGAUAGUAGAGCUCGGGUCGGUCGUUUUUUGGAUGGGGGAUGGGGAGUGGUAGGCCCCUGUGGUAGGUAGAUUAGGCAGAUGAUUUACUUAAUAUCCGUAUCGGUAUACGGUAAGGCGAUUACCCAGUGCAUUAUUAAGCAGAUACAGCUUCAAAACCACCGCAAAAACCUUUCCCACAACACCCAGCACAGACACUAUGUGCCAAAAAGGGAAUGAAAGCUCUCUCUCUCUCUCUCUCUCUCUCUCCGGGGAGUCAAGCUGCGUGCGUCAUUUUUGCUCCAGAAUGUUUUGCGAUUAGUAUGUGAAGGAUGGGAUUGAUCGUUUCCUUUUCCCGGUGAAAAGGUUUAAUGCUCGCGUUCAACGCAAACAGGGUUCGUCCAGUUUCAUUUAUUGGUUCUUCAACACGCUCCAACACGGCAAGGGGGCUUCGUGCAUUCGUUCAGUGCAGUUAAUCGUAUUGCAGCAUAAAUUCAGUUUGCACUUCCAUUAUCGCAAUGCUGAUUGAAUUGUGCACUCGUGUCACGUACUGGGCCCGUCCGUAAUCGGAUGGCGUUAAUUAGAUCAGCCGGACCUCAACCGUGCCUCGUUGGGCAUGUCAUCCUCGCGCGGGAUCGGUACGGAAGGGGAAGAAGGGAAACUGUCCGUGCUGUCGUUCAUUUAUGCAAAUGCUGUUCGGGACGGUUGACCGAGGUUUGUGUCCGGUUAAAUGGUCCCACCCUAGUGGGUGAGUGUCAGAUUUGGGUCUACCUUUCGGGGAGAGGUGCUCGUCCGCCUCGCUCAGUGGGGCCGCCCACGGCCAUAUAAUACGGUUAGUGUCUUUUUUAGUUUUGUAUAAUAUUGACGGACCAAUAUGAAUGGAACGAAAGUGACGAACCGGACUAAUUGCAUACGUGCUGAAUUAUUAAUGCAAUCAUUCAUAGAUGCAAAAUAGAGGACGGCGCUUCAGUAGUGCGUCAUUACCCUUGCAGCAGAAGUAGAUCGUGUUGAUGCUGUUUGGGAAAUGGAAUUUUGCUUGCCCUUUUUCGUUUUUGUUUUUGUAGUUCAAGAGGAGUGUCAUUUACCUUACGCGUUGCGUCGUGUCAUUGUACGAGAUGGGAGGCAAAGAAACUCUUAGAAAUUCGAGCAGAACGUUACAGCAGUUAGAGUGUAAUGAAAGUUAUUAAACCCGUGCAUCGUGUAACCCAGGUACGGUACGGUGACAGUGUAUAAAUAUAUAAACAAAAUAGAGCAAUUUCGUUUCAUUCACCCACUUCGCCUUAGAUAGUCCAACGCUUUUCACGUGUUUAAUGGAAUUUAGCUUAAGCGUAAAACAACAAACUCCCGCGGUUGGGGGUUGUUUUCCCAUUGCUUGCUAACAUUUAUAGGAAGAAAGAAAAACACAAACAGCAUACAAACAAUUGGAAAUAAAUUCAGCAGAGUAAAGGAGGAUAUAUUAUUUAUUCGCUUACAUUGGAAAAAAACGA